AUGGAGGACGCACGGGUGGCGGUGCAGAGGGCCAAGGCACUGGGCAGGACUCCCUUAGCGGCGCGCACCAAAAGCACCUACGAAAGCGUAAUCGGGUGUGUGAAGGAAAACAAAAGUGACAAAAAAAAAAUCCGAUAUUCGCUAUUCCUAAAGGCGUAUGAAAAUGCAGAGCUCCUUCAAAUGGAAAGACAAGACAAGCAGGAAAAAUUUAAGUUGAACGGAAGGGACGAGUGGGGCGGGUGGAACGAACGGGGCGGGUGGAAUGAACGGGGAGAGUGGAACGGAUGGGGAGAGUGGAACGAAUGGGGCGAGUGGAACGAAUGGAGCGAGUGCAACACGCGCAUCGAUAUGAAGGGCGCCAAAGAGAAGCAGAGACUGAAGCUGCUGAACAUGCUCAAAAAUUAUCAAAUAAAGUACAAGGCAUGCUCCAACUUGAAGUCGUUAUGUGAUUACACAAUAUAUUUCGAAAAGCCAUCCCCUGGGAAGGUCAUGAAAGACCGUGCAUGUGAAGCUCUUUUAGACGAUCCACACCGAGAUAACUUCUUCUACGACCUUGUAAGCAUCGGCGUGUCCUACAAUGAUAUUAUUCUCAUGUCAAGUAUCUUCCAAAAAAUAGAACAUCUGAAGAAUUGCAAUCUGUACAUGUUGCCAUGGAUUCAUAGGAAACUCAACGCGUUUCAUAACUUCGAUAUGACCACUUUUCUCAUCCAUUGUGUUGCAUACUCUCUGUCUACUUUCCCUUGUUCAUUAGGGUUAUUUCUUCACUACAGAACAUUGGCUAUUAUUUUUCCUCUCUUUUUUACAUACAUGAUUUUAUCCCUUCCUUUUUUGUUACAAGAAAUAAACUGUGGUCGGUUCGUUUUGGAUGGUUGCAUAUCUUUCUUUGUCUCCUUCGAUUACUACCACGUGCCCAUAGGGAUCAUUCUCAUCAUUUCGUACGUCCUCUCCAUUAUCAACUGUGUCGACAUUAUAUGUUUGCAAGUUAUUUAUUUUUCCUUUUACCUGACCCCAAAUAAUCCCUGGGUUUACCGGAACGUCGACACAAAAAUAUGCUCCAAGUUUAACGGAAGUCGUAGCAUUUGUGACUUCGCUCGCAACAUCUGCUACUACAACGAGGCCACUGGCGUGUGCGAGCUCAACCGGAUUAAGUUGGGCACCAAAAUCUACGACACGCUGCUGAGCAAGUACGCAGAACCCAAGAGCGAGAAGUUUGCACCCACCACUGUGCUCCUCUCCUUCCUCCUCCUCAUCCUUUACAACUCCUUCUCCAAGUACAAGACUUCGCACAAAUUUCUGAAGAUUCAUCUAUCCAUCCUGAUACUGGUGUUCGCUGCUUUCAUAAUUACGAUGCGUGAUUUCACACUGCUGGAGUUUCUCCUCGUCGAUUUCACCUGGGACAGAGUGAGGGGAGUGCUCCUUGAUCACGAGGUCUGGAUUGCCUGCAUGAUGCACUGCACUAUCAGCAUGUCAUUGCACUCAGGCAUGUACUUCUACACCUCCAAGGGGCUCAGGCUCGGCAUCAACGUCGUCAGGUGCACCUACCUCAUCGUGCUGUGUUGCUUCCUCCUGGAUAUGCUUCUAUUGGUUACCUUUUCUAACAUCAUCGGAAUGCACAUAAAAGACAUAGCGAAGAGCUACUCCUACCUAGUCAAGCUGAUAAAAAGAAACGUUUUCUACAUUCUAGUGCCCGUGGGGAACAACUACUACUCCAAAUUCUCCUUCUUCCUGGGGAUCAACAUAUCGAUAGUUUUCUUAACAUUCAUGCUGCUAGCCGCAUCGAAGAGGAUAGAGAUUCUGUUUCUCUCAUUUGACGACAUAUAUUUCUUCAAGCCAAAGAACACAUGGUUCGAUGUGAGGUGGGUCUUCCUUCUUCUACUUUACUACUUGUACAGCUCCCUUGACAUUACAUUCCUUGACCUUUUCUUCACAGAGAUGUCUCAAGUUAUUACUCUCUUGAUUUUAUUCUACAUUAACUUUAAUUUUUUCUGGAUUCGUGGAUUCAAAAAGACGAUGAAAAAAUUCGGCAAGUGUCCUCUUUUCUGCCAAGUUAUUCUGACUGCAUUAAAUCAGUUUUUUUUUUUCUAUUUUGAAAUUAUUUUUCGUCUUCCCAACCGAGUCACUCUCUACUUGCUGCGACAAGCUCUUAAUAUAUGUAUCAUUCCCCUCGUCUCGAUCAUUAAGAGGAAAAAAAUUUUCCGAGUUAACAAUUUUAACGUGCUCGACUACCCCAUAUGCUUUCAGGAGAACAAGCGGCCUCGGCGGGGCCUCCUCUUUGAGGAGUUUAAGGGCGAGUGA